AGAAGAACGGGAGCGCUGGUCGCCAUUGGAGCGCGCUCCACCGGGCUCUGGAGGCUUGUAGCCAGCUUCCCGGAGCGAGCUGGACGUUAACGAGACUACCAACCCUUUAGCCCUAAAAUAGGACGAAUCUAACUUAGUUUAAUGCCCGGGGGAAGGAGAACUAGCGCGGCUCCGCCGGCGUUUCAUUCGUCCCCCCUCCGCCUAUACCCCGGCGGGCCCCCGGGCCGGGCCCGACCAUACCCGCCCUCGGCCGCCGGCCCCAUGACGGGGCGGGCCCUGCCGGAGCGCGGCGCCGGGCGGGGCCGGGGCCGCCACCGCCUCUCCUCCGCUGUCCGCCGGCUCCGCAGCGGUCGCGGGCCGUGCGGGCGGUUAGGCCCGCCAUGGGGCUGUGCCUGCCCUGCAUGGGGGGCGCCGUGAAGGACGUGGUGGAGACGCCCGACCCGGAAAUAAAGAGAAGACAGCUAGCAGAAGCUGCUGAAAAGAGGCAGAUGGAGGCUUCCUCUCGAGGUAUUAAGAAUGCUUACUCUGUAGAGCAAAAGAAAAAGAAACAGGAAGAAAUGGAAAAAAGAAUGGCAGCUUCAGGUUCUGGAGGAGGAGGAGAAGGACUAAGAUGGCAGGUUGGAUAAAGAAGCAUGACUUACAAAGAGAAGAUUGAUGUUUACUGCCAAUAACUUGCCAGUUUCUGCAGCUGAGUGGCAUUUACUCAUCAUGUGGCUUUUGCUGUUUGCAUAUGAAGACUCAGCAGUACUUCGCCAUUGUGGGACAACAGGAGUGGAAACACACACUAAGAAACUUAAAAACUAACUCUGAGCACUAAGUUUUGGCCAAUUUUUGUUUAUUUUGUGUGCAUGUGUUACUGCUUCCCUGUCACAUGAGUGAGGUGGGUUCUCGCAUGGAAGUGGCCUCCUUACCUGUAGUCAGUCAGUACAUGUGUGCUGUCUGGUCAGUGGGUGUGUCUGUCUGUGACUGGCUUAGGCACAGCUCAGGUGCCCACAUGGUGAUUUUGACCCUUAUUUCAAGCUCUCCUAUGAAACUAUUUUCUAAGUCCUCAUGUAGAAAGCUGUCUAUAUAUGUAUUUGAAUAUGUGGGUGAUGACAUUUCUCUUCAGUUUCUUAAUGACUUUUGAACUGCUUAGGGAUUUAGUGCCUUGUUCAAAACAGCAGAUUCGCAGUGGGUCCUUGCCAAUGGAAGCAUUUUGUGACACUAGUUAAAAAAAAAUAGAAACCUUUAUAAACCUUGUGUACUUACAGGAAGAAAGCUGUUUUAUUAUGAGUCUGAUAAUUGUUCUCCUCAUUUUUGGAUGUGCAUUUCCUUUGAGACUGUAAAUAUUUAUAAUGAAUGCUGGAAGUUAAACAUUACAUUAAGAAUACUGUUAUUAGUUCUUCUCCUUUAUUAUCACAAGAGGGCAAUGCUGCACCUCGCAGAAGGUUGAGAAAGAAAGAAAUAGCAAAGGACUUCAUCAUCCCUUGGAUGGUUCAUUUUCUCAGGUUUGUUUCGUGUCCUCUCUAGGUGGGUUUGUUAGAGCGCAGUAACAUUUGCCAAGUGUCCAAAACUCUGUGACUUUUACCCUGUAUUCAGCGAUGUCUGUGAUCCCUUUUCCAAACAUGAAGUUUCUUUUUAUUAUUUAUUGAUCCCUAAACCCUGAUGUUAAAACCAGACUUUCAGACUAGUAGCCUCAAGCCACUGCUUUGAUAGAGUGAAGUUUGUUGCAGCAUGUUCGACACUUGAAUCUAGCUCUCAUUUUCCCCAGAGAGCAUGAUGCUUGGCCUCAGUAUCUUACUGGCCCCAUUUCUGGCCUAGUUUAGGUUACGGAGGCUUUCCCCCCUGCCCUUGAACUAAAUAUUUUUUCUUUUAUCUCCCUCAGUAGCGUCUCAUGCUGCCUUAGGAGCACAGUCCUGAAACAAUGACUUUCUUGGCUUAGCCUUCAGAAUUGAGUUGAGAAGAGAGACUUUUCAAUAUUAACAUUGUGGUGUUUCAGCUAAGAAGCUGUGUCCUUGCAGGUCAAUGUCUUCAGUUUCCUUUUGGUUGCUGGCAGUUGCUCUCUUCACUGUAUUAACUGGUCAUAGCAAGUUGAGGUUUUUUUAAGUCUAACAAAAAAAUGCAUUAAAUUAUAAUUAAAUAUAUUGUUAGAAACAUCACCCAUUGAUGUUUUGAUGCUGUCAGAACUGGAGGCGUUAACAAUGAGGAGCAGUUGUACAUCCUUGCUCAUCAGCCUAAGGUAGGCCUGUUGGGUUCUGUCACCGGUGGAGGUGCUCAAUGGUCGAGUAAAGGAUUGCUGUCCUGUCUGAAAACACACGCUGCUCACUACCCAUCUGCAGAGACAGUGGCUUGAGUGGGCCUGCCUGCCAUCUUCUCUGCAAGGGUGGGGGGAAAGGUCUGAACCACCUCAGAUGAACCCAAGAGGUGAUUUGUGCAAGUCAGAAUUACCAUAGAGGAAAAAACCAGCUCUUAUCUCUCCAUGGUUUUAAGUAAAGCCAGAUACAUCUGUGCUUCUUAAGAGUUCUUGCGCUCAACGUCAAAUGUAUUCCUAUAGCUAAGAACAUCAGCAGAUUUGGGAGGAUGUAGUUGUACAUUACAAACCUCUGAUUGAGAAAGCUAUUUGUGAAGAUGUUUCUAUGCCAUAUCCAUCUCACUGCUCACAUGGCUGGUCUGAACUGAAUCUGGGAAAUUCUUCGGGUAAAUAAAAACACCUCUUUUUGGUUUAA